CUGUAGACCCGGUCAUGGUUGAUUUAGAAGUAGAAUCAGAUCGAAACCAGUUAAACUUGUAUUUUACUGAAUCAUGAAUUAACCAAACUAAAACUAAACUAAACUCGUCCCGUUCGGUUCAAAGCUAAACUAAAUAAAAAAUUGGGCUAUUAAAUUUGAACCGAACUUAAUUAAACUGAAAUUGAAACUGAAACUUUGGGGGUUCUGGACCAGUUCAGAUUCACCCUUGCGGUGAACCAUGAACCGACUGGCCAGGUCGAGGAUAUACGCCCCAUCCCAAUCCCAUUGCUAUAAUUGUGGUAGUAAAAACCUAAAAAUGAUGGAUUAAUUAAGAUUAAGCAAAUGAUAAAGGAGGUGUGGAUUAAUUUAUUGUUUUAACCAAUGAGAGGUUAACAGAGUCAGGGACGCAGCUUUUGCUUUAUAAAUACAAAGAAAGGGAUGACUCUAUUCUUCCACUGCGGCUUGCAGGGUUGGUUGUUGGUUGGUUUACUUUGGGCGGACCAAAAUGGCUUUCUCUCUUUUCCAUUUCACACUUGUACUGCUCCUCUCCUGUUUUGCUUCUUCUUUGCUCCAUUGCCAUGGCUUUCCGGCCCUCCACCACCACCGCCACCCUCGCUUUGCCAGCCACAACUACAGAGAUGCCCUCACUAAAUCAAUCCUUUUCUUUGAGGGCCAGAGAUCAGGCAAGCUCCCUUCUAACCAGAGGAUCACCUGGAGAAGGGACUCGGGUCUCUCAGAUGGUGCAGCCAUGCAUGUGAAUUUGGUAGGAGGGUACUAUGAUGCAGGGGACAAUGUGAAAUUUGGCUUCCCUAUGGCUUUCACUGCCACUAUGCUCUCAUGGAGUGUCAUUGAGUUUGGUGGGCUGAUGAAAGGCGAGUUGCAAAACGCCAAAGCCGCCAUUCGUUGGGCUACUGAUUACCUUCUCAAAGCUACCGUGCAUCCCGACACCAUCUACGUUCAGGUUGGUGAUGCUAACAAGGACCAUUCUUGCUGGGAGAGACCAGAAGAUAUGGAUACCCCAAGAAGUGUAUUCAAAGUAGACAGAAAUUCCCCUGGUUCUGAUGUUGCUGCUGAAACUGCUGCUGCUCUUGCUGCAGCCUCUUUGGUGUUUAGAAGAAGUGACCCCACUUACUCCAAGCUUUUGGUCAGAAGGGCUAUCAGGGUGUUCCAAUUUGCAGACAAGUAUCGAGGAGCAUACAGCAAUGGAUUGAAGAAAAAUGUUUGCCCCUUUUAUUGCUCCUAUUCUGGAUAUGAGGAUGAGCUGUUGUGGGGAGCUGCCUGGCUGCAUAAGGCCACAAAGAACCCUACUUACCUCAACUACAUUCAAGUUAAUGGGCAGACCCUUGGGGCCGCAGAGUUUGACAACACCUUUGGCUGGGACAACAAGCAUGUUGGAGCAAGAAUUCUUCUUUCCAAGGCAUUUCUUGUUCAAAAACUGCAAUCCCUCCAUGAUUACAAAGGCCAUGCAGAUAAUUUUAUCUGUUCCAUCAUUCCAGGGGCCCCUUUCUCUUCAGCACAAUACACUCCAGGUGGGCUUCUGUUCAAGAUGAGUGAUAGCAACAUGCAGUAUGUGACCUCCACUUCGUUCUUGCUCCUAACCUACGCCAAGUACUUGACCUCUGCCCGUAAGUUUGUGAACUGUGGUCGAGCCAUAGUCACACCUAAUAGGCUACGAAACAUUGCCAAGAAACAGGUCGACUAUCUUCUGGGAGACAACCCCUUGAGGAUGUCCUAUAUGGUGGGAUACGGUCCAAGAUACCCGCGAAGGAUACACCACAGGGGCUCAUCUCUACCGUCCAUUGCUGUGCACCCGGCCAAGAUCCAAUGCUCAUCAGGCUUCAGCGUCAUGAAAUCUCAAUCCCCGAACCCCAACAUUCUUGUGGGUGCAGUCGUUGGAGGCCCAGAUCGGCAUGAUAGGUUCCCAGAUCAAAGAUCAGACUAUGAGCAGUCAGAGCCGUCCACUUAUAUUAACGCACCUCUUGUUGGAGCACUGGCUUAUCUUGCUCACUCAUUUGGACAGCUCUAAGUCCUAGUCAUAGCAUGUACUUCUCCUAGUUUUUUAGAUUAGGCGUUGGGCUUGUCAAUUUUAAGUUUUAGUGGUUUUUUUCUUUUUUUAAAAUGUUUCCCUAAAUACAUUUCUCUAGCUGUGAACUGUGGUGGGCAUAGCUGGGGUCGGGGCCAUAAGGCUCGAGCCCCAAACCUUGAAGAAGCACAUUGAUCAAAAGGUUGUUGCUUUUGUUUAUCUAUUUUUAAUUUUACACAUCAUUGUUACCA